UUUUCUGUUUGUUCAGCGUACAUUGUCAAAUUUUUAUACAUAUAUUUUUCCCAAUUUCCAAAUAUAUUUUUUAAUCAGAAAUAAUGUUACGCUUUUUAACAAAAAAUCUUACACACAAAUGGCCUAAAACAUUUUGGAGCAACUUACAAUAUCGAAAUUUUAACGAGAAAACUUCUAUAGUAAUGGGCGGUGGUUUGGAGAAACCACAAGGUGGCUUAAAAGAAGAGAAAUAUUUUUGUAAUCAAAAUUUAGAUUUAAUUGAGAAACUACGGCAACAGGGUACAAAAUUAAAGUGUGAAGAUGUUUUAAACGAUUGGAAAGAAUUUGAAAAAGUUUUAGGUACAACAAAUGAAAGCAAAGCUUUAAGAGAAUCAUGUUCGCUAAGUAAACAUAAAAAUUGUUUAGAGGAGGCCUUUUUCCUAAAUGAGCAAAAUGAAUGUUGUACAAAACUUCUUAAAGAAACCAAAAUUAUAAAGCAAACAAAUCUGAAAUCGGCUACAACAAAAUUACAAAAAUUAAAUGAAAAUGCAGAUAUAAUGGAUUCAAAUAUGUGAAUGGUCAAAUUCUAAAUUCAACAGAAGCUUUAAAAUUCCAUAAUACUUUGACUGUAUAUUUUAUUAAAAAUAUUAAUUUUUUACUAACGGCUCAUUUUAAAUAAAGCCUAAUUGGGGGUACCUAUAUAAUUUGAUUUUCAUAAUCCAAAUUGUUACCCCUUAUCCAUCCAAAGAUGUACACAAUUUUGAUUUUGAAACAAAUUAUAUAGCAAUAUCACUCAAUGCAAUAUAGUUAA